AUGGAAGACGAGUUCAUAUCGCAAGCUCUAGAUCAGCUGGCCAUUUCAUGUCCGCAGCUCCAAUGCAUAGAAGUGCCUAGCUUCCCAAAGGGGUCCGUUGAGAUUCUAUCAUGCUUUGACGCUCUGGAGGAGAUUCGUUGCUCGGACAUCUACCGUGGUGGCGACCUGGUUAAUCUGGCAUUUAUAGCUCGUCUACCAGUGCUACGCCAUCUAUCUAUUCCGCUACGCGAGGAUCUCUCCGGUAUGACGUUUACAGGCGAUCGCGGUACGACAUUUACCGCUCUAGAGUCACUCAAGUUGCACGACGUUGACUAUGUCCAAAGUCUCGUGUUUCUCCUCCAGUCCAUCAGCUCUAUACGCCUCCGAACCCUCUUCGUCGAGUUCACGAACAGUUUUGACGAUGACAGAAUUGAGGCUGCAGAUCAAGCCCUCAGUUCACUUGUCAAGUUUACAGAACUGCGCCGCCUAGACUUCGGCGAAUACAGCUCCAAGUUCUCAAAUUUUCCUCCAGAGCCGAUCUUGAAGCUCCAUAACCUCGAAGAACUCGACCUCGGCCUCGGCAGCUUGUCCUUGACAAAGCAAGGCGUCAUGGAUCUUGCCCAAGCAUGCCCCAAGCUGCGACGCUUGCAGCUAUCCGAAUUCUGCGACUACGAUGGUGAAGAAGACUCCCAGCCCUGGCCGCUAUAUGCGCUGGAGUGGUUCGCGACCUAUCUGCCGAUGUUGGAGUAUCUGGAGACGAACCUCGAAACCUCUACCGUUUCCAGUCUCGAGACACCGCUUGCACGGUCGCUCGUCCCGAUCAGCUUGGUGUUCUGGAGUUCCCCGCUACGGGAAGAACAUUGGCGGCAGGUCGCAGUUUACAUAUCGUGUGUGUAUCCGAACGCGAAAUGCGAGGACGGAUACGGUGAUGCUUUUGCUGACGAUGAGUUGAGAUCUGGUGAACUGCGCUGGCGUUAUGUCGCACGAGCAGUGGCGGAAGCGCGUGCGGACAACUGUAGUUCGCGUGUUCCGGCCUGA